GGCUUCUCUCUUCCUGUUUCGAGGGCAUUAAAUGACGAUCUAAAAUUUUCUCGGGAAUCUUUCUCCUCAGUUCUUCUUCUUCGAUCAAUCUUCACAACCCAUCAUCAUCCUCAGUCACAGUAGUACUCCAACAACACCAUGCUGCGGGAUAACCGGAAAGCCAAGCGACUCAAGACCACCCACAACUCUUGCUGCUCUGAAGAAGUCAGCAGCAUUGAGUGGGAAUCCAUAAACAUGACCGAGCAAGAGGAGGAUCUCAUAUGUAGAAUGUACAAGCUUGUUGGAGACAGGUGGGGACUGAUAGCUGGGAGAAUUCCAGGGAGGAAAGCUGAAGAAAUAGAGAGGUUUUGGAUAAUGAGACAUGGGGAAGGGUUUGCCAGCAGAAGAACAGACCCACAAUUAAGCAAGAACACUGCUAAAUCUUCCUAAAUAAAUUAAUUAGACUCCCUUUGGGUUUUUUUUUUUUUUUUUUUUGGGGUUUUCAAUUAAUUAGUGUAAUGGAGAAAUUAAUUCCCUUUCUUCUUUAGUAAUUAGGUAGCUUUUAUUUGUCUUUCUUCCUUUGUGUGUAAAAUUGUUACUUCUUUUCACAGUUGAACCAGAUGGCUUUUUCAUUUCAUUUUGUUGCAAUCUCCUGGUCCUUAAUUAAUACUCUUAAAUUAUCA